AUGGACUGGGGGGGUGAUCCCGGUCCUUACCCUGUGGCCCUGAUUGUGACUCCGCAACUGAGGCCGAGAAACCCGACCGCUACCUCCAAAAUGGCGGGCACCAUGCACGCAGACAACAAGGGGAAGAUCUCCUACCUCGCGAUUACACCAAAAACGGCUCCCACCGCCCGAUCCCGCCACACAGGGAUGGGGCAAACACCGAGCCAACCCUUACAGCCACUCAAGCCAGCAACUAGAGGCAUGGAAAACACGAACAAGCUGGAGAUUGCGGCUGCACCGGGGGGGCAGAACUCCAAACAGCAACCAUUCCUGCCUGGGGUAACUGCGCCAGCUGCCCAGCGUGAUACCUCUACCGGAGGACUGACCAUGCACUCACUCACCACUCAGCCUGUAACAGGAUUACCUGGAGAGCCCAGCUCCCACACAUAG